AUGCCACCAAACCCCAAUCACGGCCCCAGUGCCGCCGAGACCAAUGCCAAUGGCCCUGAGCUACAAGAGACAGCAAAACCCGAGGAAGAUGUCCCGGCUUGUCAGCUGUGUCGCAAGAAGAAGGCUCGAUGUAAUCGCGCUCAACCCUGCGCUCAAUGCAUUCGUCAUAAUGUAUCAUGUGUUUAUGAUGAUCGGCACAUGAAGCCAGGUCUCCGUGCAGGCGCGGUUGAUCAACUUUGCCGCCGUAUCGAAACGCUUGAGAACAUGUUUCUCGGCCAAGAGAUGAUCUGGCAACAGAUGUGGCAGAUACUGUGUCCGGACACCUCGAUUCCAGAACCAUACAAGCAACCACCCACAAUUCCGGACCUAGCAGUACGCCGAGAGAAACUCAAAUCCUCCCUGCUGCUCGCUGCAUCAUCUCGGGGGAAUGGUCAAAACCCACGAGAGUUGGAAAAAGACUCGUCCGACAUGGAGUCAGUCGAGCGCCCGGCAAAGCGACCACGCCUUCUCAAUGUGAAUUCUCCAUCCUUUCUUGUUAACCCCAAUAGCGACUCGAGUGGGAUCCUACCGUCCGAAAUUAUGAAUGAAUUAGUCAAUUUCUACCAUGUCAACAUCCACCCCUGGAUUCCGAUUCUUCAUAUGGCGAGAUUCCGCGAGAGUAUGCAAUUAGCAGAUGAGCGCCCACGAAUCACAUGCAUUCUUCAUGCUAUAAUAGCUGUCUGCAUCCGAUUUUCACGAAAUGAUCAUCUACCGGAUGGAGAGACGAAAUCCCAAAUGGCAGAGAAAAGCCGCCGAAAGGUCAUUUUAGACAGCACCGAGUCAUUUUCGGUCGAAAAUUUACAGGCCUUGGUCAUUCUUGCAUUCGAAACUAUCGGACGUGGUCGCGGCCCUUCCUCGUGGUCUAUAGUGGGCAGUAUGGUCAGUACGGUUGAGCACUUACAACUCAACGUCGAAGAAGAUGUGUUACAUUCUGCGACGAGUCUCGGAGAAACAUUGAUUCGACGAAUGGUCUUUCUUUCCCCUUCUCAGUCGUGGAGUGAAGCAGAGGAGCGUCGGAGGAUCUUCUGGACGGUUUUUUUGAUGGACCGCUUUUGCAGCAUAUCGACUGGGUGGAAAGUGAGCCUGACCAACAACGACGUAAAACGUCGUCUUCCUUGUGAAGGAGCACUAUGGCAAAAAGGACAAGAAAUCCAGACGCCUUAUUUUGGUAUUUCAGACUCUAAAGACAACGUAACGACCCCAAUUCCGAACGGAAAACGGUUGACAGAUGCAGAGGACCAAGAUUCCAUCGGUGGCUUUGCGUACAAUAUCGAGGCGACCGAAUCUCUUGCCUUAGUAGCCAACUUCUUUCUGCAUCAUGCCUUUAUUGUUGGCGAUGCGCAAAAGGCCCAGAUGUGGCUGAUGCAGUUCAAGGAAUUAGAUCUGCGUUUAAUUCAAUGGAAGUUAUACCUUCCUUCGAAGUGGCGAGAAGCCUGUGCACUUAAUUGCGAUGGAGUUAUGGAUCCCAACCUCACUCUAGCUCAUAUAACGCACAACACUGCAGUAAUCCUGCUACAUCAAGGAAUUGCUUGGCCGCCCGCUCACUGGCAGAUGUGUCCAGUCAGACUUCCAUCUGCUUCAUCUGCCGAGACAUGUCUGGAGGCCGCGUCCGAGAUCGCCACAAUCGGGCAGCAGUUCCUCUCUUUCUCGCCGAUAUUCACAAACCCGCAAUUUUCGUUCUGUCUUUUCAUCGCCGGCCGAAUGCUCCUAGCUCAUGCAAGAUAUAACAAUGUUCCUAUUCCACCUGCGCUGAAAACUUUGAUCGCUAGUUUGCUUGAAAUUUCCCAGCGAUGGACCGGCCGCAGUGAGACAGCAGAGCCGCGUGGGGACAAUUUAGCCUCCAGCUUUGCGAAACGUCUUAUAGAAGCUCAAAGUGAUAAUCUCGCUUCCACAUACCGUCCAAGUUUGGAUAUUCGGCAGACUGCGUAUUCGGACGAGUCCAAGGAGCAACCACCGUCAUCCACAGUUGAUACCUCUCCUUCAGACAGAGGCUUGUUUCCGCCGAGGGCCGCAGACGGAUCGCCACCAGCUGCAUAUAUGAAGAAGUCGAACCAUCGAGAGCCCCUCGGCCUUGACUCGUUUAGCCUUGCCUUUCCACCGCUACCGUUGGCAUUCCAACAAGAUUUCCCUAUGGUUUCAAACAAUGACCAUCUUUCGCUUCCUACGCAGACUGCGGGAAACCGUAUUGCUUCGCAGAUGGAUAUCCAGUCGCCGAAUCCUCAUCAGCUUAACGUGUGGCAUAACACAGCGGCUACCUACGACAAUGGGAUUGUGGGCUCACAGGACGACUUAUCACAUCUCUUUAACCUUGCCCCUAGUCCAGGACAGCGCAUCAGCCGUUACGGCGGGACUUAA